CAUAGAAAAUUUCCACAGAUUUGUUGACAUACAUCGGAAUAGAUAAAAACUUUAUUAUUUUUGUCAAAUUGGAACCGUUUCAGGAAUUCAACAUGCCUGUCAUUCUGUUAGAACGAAUUCCUUUACCUAGCCUAAGCACAUAUACGGGUUUUAGCCUCGUACUUCUUUCCUGUGCCUUAUUUUACGCCCAUCAAAUGGUGUUGACAGCUGAAAGUGAAGGCAUUGAUAUUCCAGUGCCGGUGGGUGACAACCUUGAUCCAGGGGGGACAGAGGUUCACUACAUGAACAUUUCCCUGCCACAUGACACGUACAUGUGGAACAUGAUUUAUGUGAUGACAUCUGAGGCUUGGUGCGUUUGGACACUUGUCAAUACUGCAUACUGCUGCCUGAUUCUACUUGGAAAACUGGUACAAAAAGUAGUUUUUGGAGAGCUUCGAGUCAGCGAACAACAGCAUGUGAGAGACAAAUUCUGGAACUUUCUGUUCUACAAGUUUAUUUUCGUAUUUGGUGUGAUGAACGUUCAGACAAUGGAAGAGGUUGUUCUCUGGGUUGCCUGGUUCACUGUGCUUGGGUUUUUCCACCUCCUCACACAGCUCGCCAAGGACAGGUUUGAAUAUGUUUCAUUUUCCCCAACCACACCGAGGUUGGUGCAUGUGAAGCUGCUGUCAUUGCUGUGUGUCAUCAUCCUUUCCUGCUGUGGCCUGCUGGCACUGUGUGUCUACACCGGUCUACAGAACGGCAUCACCAUCUUUGCCUUUAUGGCCGCUGAGUGUCUGCUGCUUGCCAUAAGGACACUUUAUGUUGUUGCUCGAUACUGCCUGCACCUGGUGGACAUGAAUCUAGAGGGUGUAUGGGAGAACAGAGCCACCUAUAUCUAUUACACUGAGCUCGUGUUUGAGCUGGCUGCCCUUUCCAUUGAUUUCGGACACCACCUUCACAUGUUGCUAUGGGGCAACAUUUUCCUAAGCAUGGCCAGCCUUGUGAUAUGUAUGCAGCUUAGGUAUCUGUUCUACGAGUUCCAGCGAAGGAUCAAACGUCACAAGAACUACCGCAAGGUUGUCAAAAAUAUGGAAGAAAGGUUCAGUAUGGCCACACCUGAAGAGAUAGCGAGUAACGAUGAUGACUGUGCUGUGUGCUGGGAGAAAAUGGAAACAGCUAGAAAACUUCCUUGUGGUCACCUUUUCCAUAACUCCUGUCUGCGUUCCUGGCUGGAACAGGACACGUCGUGCCCAACAUGUCGGCAGUCCCUGAAUGAGCGUCCGACCACUGACCCGAACGGAAACCUACCUGACAGUCCCGCCCACGUUGAGAACCAGCCUCCACCCAAUGCUCAUCCCAACCAGACCACCAACCACUUUUUCCACUUUGAUGGUUCUCGCUAUGUGAGCUGGCUGCCUAGUUUCUCUGUGGAAGUCACCCACACCAACAUGUUGGCCAACACCAGACACACCCAUGUACAGACAUCACAGCUGGAUAACAUGGCCCGCCAGGUAUUGCAGGUGUUUCCCCACAUGCCUAUCAAUGCUGUGAUGGAGGACCUGAGAGUGACACGCUCUGUCGACUUCACCAUAGAAAACAUCCUGGAAGGCAGACUUAUUGCACCUCCACCUGGCACUAUGUUGACAAGAACUGCCCUAGGAGAUGAUGAUUCCAACUCUGAUGACUCGGAUAACUACCAGCUCUCUUCCUCAAGUCAGAAUUCAUCGACAGACUUGCCCUCCUAUUUUGACAUUCCAAAUGAAAGAGGGGACAACAACUCAACACCAGUAGAAGCAAGUGCAAGCAAAUUGCUGAGUCAGUUUGGAGGGCGGUUUUCAAAAUCCACAGUUGAAAGGGAAUCCAUGUUGGAAGACAGGAAAAAUACAAUGCUUGAACAAGCUAGAAGGCGUUUUUUGUCCACGAAUCAAGAAACAGACACGUCAUCUACACCAGAAUCUAGCGAUUUAAACUAUACAGCAGAGCAAAGUGUACCGCCCUCUACCAGUAAUUUUACAUUCACCGGACUGACCGAUCAGCCUGAUGUUUUACGGCAUCGCAGGGAACUCGCAUACUUAGCGGCCGCUCGCAGAAUGGGGCAAUCUAGUCCUGAUAAUGGUUCAUGAGUUUAGAAACAUUACUCUUACUUAAUUGUAAAGAUAUAAAUUACGAAUAUCUGUAGUUUUGAUAUUUAGUAAAGCGGUGAUAUGUAUUUUGUUUUUCAUUCUGUUCUAGUUUUACCCUUUAAUGGUAUUGUGCAGUGGACCGUCUGCUUUGUGUUCUUGCCUUAUUUAAUCACCUUAUAUCAAGCUACAUUAUUUAAAACAUAAAAUUGGUUAUUUUCAUAUUUACAAAUAAUGAAGAUUUUACAUUGGAAUGUGUUUUUUAAAAAGAAUUUUAAGAUAUUUGAUUUGUUUUCAAUAUGAAGAGUCUCCUUCGUAGAGUUUGAAAGUCAUUCAUUACAUUAACUAAUACAUUCACAAUAUCUUUAUAACCUGAACUUGUUUUCAAAUUUAAUUUUUCAUGGUAAGAAGAUUACCCAUAUAAAUUUUGAGGUUCAAGGUCAAGGUCAUGAUUAACUUAUACUAGAAUAAUUACAGGCAUUUUUCGAUAGUUCAACUUCUGAAUGACCUGGUGCAGAGUCUUCAAACUUGGUAUGUAUAUUGGUGACAGUCAAAAGAUGACCUAUUCAUUUAAGGUUCAAAGGUCAUGGGAACCUUUGCUAGAACAAAAUCAGGUCUUUUAGACAUUUUGAGAGACUUGGUGUAGUGUCUUAAAACUUUGUUUACACAUUAGUCAUGGUUGUUGGAUGAGCUCAAUUCUAGGGUCAGUAGGUCAAGGUCAUUGUGACCUUUACUAGAAAGAUUUUGGGGUCUCCUGAAAGACAACAUAUCCGAUGAACAGAAUUCUUGUAUAAAAAUAGUUUAGUUGAGAAAACACAUUGUACAUAUUUGUGCCUAUGCAUUCCAAUGUUUGUAAGUCCCAGUAGUUAUGUGGAUUUGGGGCCUUCUUAUUAAUGAGUGUAUGUUAUGAUGAAAAAAUUAUAUCUUUGGUUCAAUUUUUUUAGGCAUUACAGGUUAUUAUUUUGGUCUUACAAACAAGUAAGUUAAAUGGAAAGGUUUCUCUAGGUUUGUUUGAAUUUAGAAUUCAAACCUUCAAUUUGAUUUCUGACACUCAGUUUUCAUUCAAAUUUUUUUAGAUUAAAAUAUUAUUUUGUUGAAUGCUUCUUGACAAGAUGGCCCAUUUAGGCUUACCAUAACACCUUUUGUUGUAUGAAUAUAAUUCCAUAGACUGUUUGCAAAAUUACUUCUAUGUGAACAUGUGUGUUUUGUAACAUAAUCAUGUAAAAGAUAAAAAUUCUUUGUACAUUUACCAUUUGUGUCGUAGAAAACAAUUUGCUUGUCAUUAUUACCUUUUAGUGUUCUGACAGUACAUUUGUUAAAUUUAACAAGGUUGUUAACAUUAUCAUUGUUAACCUUCAAAUCUUUACUGAUCUGAAAGUAUAAUGGAUACAGUUGUGACCAGCUGUAUUUCUAACAAGAGAUAGACAACUGUUUCAGCUGCAGUUGUUUUGUUACAUGAACACUUUAUAAAAUAUUUGAUGUUUAAAAGUUAACAAUGAUCUUAUUAAUUACUUUACUAAUUUUAACAAAGUUCUGAACAAUCGGCCCAUAUAUAUGCCAUCUGCUUGGUUAUUAUUACAAUGCAAAUACAGGUUAUUGAAACUGCACAUACCUGGUUGUUAUCAUCAGCCAAACUUGAACAUUGUUAUAUGUUCCCAACUUUGAUGUCAGAUGUAGAACACAAAAAGUAGUCCACACAUUGAAGUCAUAUCAUUUCAUGAACCUUGUUAUAUGCUCACAUAACUUGAUGAUAUAAAACACAAAAGGCCAUCUCUCUAACUACUAAAACCUCUAGUUGAACUUGUAUCAUGUACUUGCAUUGUAAAAACCUAUUUCUGUUAAACAGUAUUCAAUUUCACUUCUUUAUUGCAUAAUAAAAGAACUACUUUGUAAUUUAAAUAAUGCAGAUUUCGUAUAUUUAUUUUCUCCAUGUAGUAUACAUAUACAUUGUGGUUUGCUUGUUAUUGGUUGAUUUUAACUGUUUCUCAUAUUCGUAUAUCACAAUUCAUCAAUUAUUUUUGCUCAUUUUACAUAAAACACGAUCUUAUUCGCUAUGGAUUUGGAGAUUUCAUUGGCUAAUUAGACUGAGUUAUAUUGAGGUAGUUACACAUAGUUUAAAUACAUCAUGUUACUAGUAUUCUUACUGACACAUAUAUCAUGUAAUAUAAGUAAGUUUAAGUGUCACUUAAUUAGAUUUCAAAAUGUAUACGCGAAAAUAGAAAAGUUUGUUACUAGCUGUACAUUUUAUUAUACCCCCUUUCAAAGAUGUGGGUGUAUAUUGCUUUGCGCCUAUCGGUCAGUCGUUUUGUCUGAUUCAUAUCAAGAGAACGCUUGGGCCUCGAACUCAUGACCUGUAGAUGCCCUAUUAAUUUUGAGGUCAUUAGGUCAGAGUUUAUGGUUGUGGUGACCUUUAACACAAAAAGGUUGUCUGAUGGAUGAAUAGAGUAUGUUUGACCCUACAGCCCUCAAUCUUGGUAUGGAUGUUGGUCAUGAUCAAUAGAUGACCCCUGUUGAGUUUGUAGGUUAGUAGGUCAGAUGCGUCCAACUUGAACACAAAAAUAUUGUAUGAUCAAUACAAAUAGAAUGCUUGAACCUAAAGUCCUCAAACUUGUUUGGGAAGUUGGUAGACCUGUAGAUCACCAUUGAUUUUUAGAUCAACAGAUUAAAGGUUAAGGUCACCAGAUUUACCAAAUUCAUAUUCAUCUGUCAAAACAGGUUUUUAAAAAUAAAUACAAUGAUUUAUAACUUAAAUGAUUUGAUUAAAAGUUGCAAGAAAUUGACCAUAUCAUAUUGGUUAACACUUCAAUUGACCUUUAAGCAGCUUUCUGUAUAUCAGUUUAUUUUUGCCCCUACUUGUAACAACAUUUAGAACUGAUCAAUAACUACCUAUGCCUUUAUGUUUGUCGUAGCCUUAAAUUACUCCACAGACAUUAAAUGCAAAAUGAAUAAUUGGAUGCCUUCAGGGGAGCAUGUAUUACAAACAUCUCUUGUUAUGAACAAAUGUUGUACAGGUUCUUACUUUCACCUGUAUAAAGAAGAUUUGAUGUUCAUAUUAUUGUGUUAACCGCAAUGGGUUAUGACGUCGUUGUUUACAUCAGACGAUUUUGCGCUCUGAUUGGAUAAUUGUGACAUUAUUUAUCCAAUGGUAUACAAUGGCUAUUGUAAACUGGUUAUCUAAUGUCAUUCUUAUCCAAUCAGAACGUGUUAUUUUCAAAGUAAUGAUGACUGAUGUGACAUUGUGUAGUUUGUACAUAAUAAAUGUCUUAAAGAAAUACUCUGCAAGGUCAGUUUUUGUUUGUGCCAUUUUCAAUUAUAUUAUAUUUCAAUUUAUUAUCUUUUCAUGUUUAGAAAAUCGUGACAUCUUCUAUACAGUUUUAGAACAUAUUAAUUUUUGAGGAGAAUUUAUCAUGAAUGAUGAAAUAUGGUUAAAUAUUAAAGGAGCUCAAUCAUGUUUUUCAGGGUCAGACCUCAAUAUUUUUUGAGAUCAUGAAAUAUGAACAAAUGCUGGUUACAAUGAUAACACAUCUACAAAAGUUCAAAUUAGCUCUUUCAUUAAUAAUUAGUAAAAAUUGGGUCAAAAGAUGCUCUAUUUAGUCAAAAACCAUGAGCAACACUAUACCAUUUUUUUAAUCAUUUUAGGCUUGGAUUGGCCUUAUUCAUUUUGUUCAGACAAGUCUCAGCUUGUUGUUGUUUGGUCUUUUUUCAUAUAAGUAAAGUCACUGAAUUUCAGCAACAAAAAAUAAUGUUGCCAACAAAAUCUGUGUUUAAAUCCUUUUCACACCGAUCAAUCUAGUUUCAGUCCCUUUAACAGACAGCAUGAUAAUUCAUCGGGCAUGUUCGAAGCAUUUACAACAUAAUUGUAUUUAUUUGUAGUGUGUCAGUAUUAUAUCUUCUGGUUAAUAGUGCAGGGUCGGUAUUACAAUACAUCUUAAUAAUAUAAUGAAAAGAACAGGGACAGGCCCCAGGUAGUCAAAAAUUCAAAAAUAAAUCUUGUUAAGAGGCACAUGGCAAGAGCCCAAACAUCUUUUUCCGACUUAAGUCAUUUUCCUUAGUUAAGUAUCUCACUGGUCAUAUGACAUAAUAAUAUCUCAAAUACUUUAUGUUCAUUAUUUUUUUAAAUAAAUAUACAUACAUUUACGUUAAAAACAUUUUUUUUGUAUUACAAUAUUCAAACUUUACCAUGAACAUUUUCAGGAAAAUGCCUGAAGUUCAGAAUUGACUUAAGAUAUGUUUUCUAUACCGGCCUAUGUUUUCUGUUCAGAUGCUUGUCAAUGCUCUUCAAUGCAAAGAAUUUAAGUGCAAAAGAAUUUAUAAAUAGAACUGUUUGUAUUUUGCAGAUGCAGAUAUCCGUCAUUUAUAAUUGUUUUGGAGUUUUGUGUGUGUUUUUGUUGUUUUGUUUCUUUCUAGGAAACAAAUAGUUUUCAUCAGAAAUUAUAAUUUUUUCUGUUCAUGGCAUAUAUCAUGUAGUUUAUUCGUAGAACAAAGGUACAGGAAUUACAAAAAAUCAUGAAAUAUUCUUGAUAUUUAAAAGCAGUCUGUACCUUGCAAAUGAGUUUAACAUCCGUUCAUUGGGCAAAAAACGACAUGAAAAAUACUGUGAUCAAAUUUUAACAUUUUAAUUUAGCAUCUUCUUAUACUUCACCUUUACAUGUAUUGUAUAAAUGUGUUGUUUCUUGGUCCCAGUUUUAAUAAAUAUCCUAAGGCUCAAGAUCGUAAAUUUCCAAGUGUAACCUUGUUUUUGGCGUAAACUGUGUCGCAAUAAAAAAAUUGUAUUAUUGUAAAAGGACAAUUAUUGCACAGAUUCUGCCUGUAACUUAACUGGUGUCCCCGAGCACUCCGGUGUAAGGUUUACAGUAUAUAAAAAUAUUUUUUUUUGAAAGAGGACCUUAAAUGCUUAAAAAGAAAUUAUCCAAAGUAUAAAUCAUUACCACAUAUAAAUGGAAUUAGAUUUAGCUAUAAACCAGAAAAAAAGAAAAAGAAAUAUAAACUGUACGUAUUAUCGUCAUGAAACUGAUUGUUCUCAAAAUGAGUAUCAUUGGUUAUAACCCUUCUCAAAAGAGUUAAAUGUGAAUUAAAUGCGCAUUUAAUCUGCAUUAAACGCAGCGGUAUUGGCAUUGUAUUUUAAGCAUACUUUUCUUACCAAGUGAAUGUUAAAACUAGAAAAAUGUGCACUUUUUGUGACUGAAGCGCAUUUAUUCUGAACUGAAAGCUAUUUAUUUUGGACAUUAAGCCCUUUAAUGCACUAAGCACAUUUUUUCUGCAUUAAAAGAGCACUUAUUUUGCAUUAAACACGCAUUUAAUCUGCAUUAAACAUGCAUUUAAUCCGCAUGAUAUUUUUCUUCACUAAAAGUAAAAUUAUGCACUCGAGUGCAGUUUUUCUGGUUAAAUGUGCAGGGUCGGUAUUACAGUUACGGUAAACAUGCAUUUAAUCUGCAUUGAACAAGCAAUUUUUUUGAGAAGGGUACAUCUACAAAAUAAAAUGUGACGCAAUCAGUGAACCAGGCCACAGGUGAAAAAGACCAAAUUAGAGAAAUCACACCAAUGUUUUAAAGCUUGAGUUGUUUUAUUUUUACUGUCAAUUUACAAAGAAUUUACAAAGAAGCAGUACAAAUAAAGCAAAUGUCUUGCUUAUAAUAUCAGCUUGAUGAAAAACUUCAUUUCACUAAUGGCCCUUUUGCAGAUUGCAUCACAAAAAAACAUCAUAACAUAUUUUUGAUAUAAAUGUUGAGUUAAACUGAUCCUAUUUUGUUUUGAAGCUUCUGCUAUUGGUUAUUAAUAUAAUGAUCUGAAAUAAAACGUCAAAACAUUU